AUGUCUACGCCAGAAAAUACUGAUGAUAGAGAGCAACCGAAAAGUAAAAAACCAGCUGAUACAGCAUUUAAACAACAACGUUUACCAGCUUGGCAACCAAUAUUAACCGCCAAUACUGCAUUACCUGUCUUUCUUAUUAUUGGUCUGACAUUUAUUCCUAUUGGCAUUGUUUUAGUUGUCACUUCAAAUAGAGUUCUCGAGUAUGAUAUUGACUAUACAGAUACGAAAUGUAUAAAUAUCAACAAUAACAAUAACCAAACGUGUGCCGAUUAUUUAAAAGAUAACCCUGUUCCAACCACACCGUGUACAUGUAAAAUUAAUUUUACACUGACUUCUGAUUUUGAUGGCGAUGUUUAUUUUUAUUAUGGUUUGAUAAAUUAUUAUCAAAACCAUCGACGUUAUGUUAAAUCACGUGAUGAUAAUCAAUUACUUGGUAAAAGUGGUAGUGCAGCAACUGACUGCGAACCAUUUCAGAAAAUAAAUGGCACAGAUAUAGCACCGUGUGGAGCUAUUGCUAAUAGCUUGUUUAACGAUACAUUAACAUUAGUAUACAGCGGUCAAACUGUACCAUUACAGAAUACGAGUAUUGCAUGGAGUACAGAUAAAAACGUUAAAUUUCAAAAUCCCAGUGACCCAGAUCCAUAUUUUCGUAAUCAUGCUAAACCACCAAACUGGAAUAAAACAGCAUGGCAGUUAGAUCCAACACAUGAAGAUAAUAAUGGUUUUGAAAAUGAGGAUUUUAUUGUUUGGAUGCGUACAGCUGCUAUGCCAACAUUUCGUAAACUAUAUAGAAAAUUACUAACAACUAGUGAACCAUUCACAAAAGGUUUACCAAGCGGCACAUAUGAAUUGACAAUUGUUUACCAAUAUCCAGUGAUUAAUUUUGCUGGUCGUAAACAAUUUAUAAUAAGUACAACAUCGUGGAUGGGUGGAAAAAAUCCAUUUUUAGGAUGGGCAUAUAUUGUUGUGGGAAUUGUUUGCGUUAUUGUAUUUGCGGUAUUCUUUAUUUUACAUCGAUUUUGGAAAAUGUAUGUUCUUGCUUAUUAG